UUUCUCUUGCUUCUUGUUUUAUAUGUGUCCCAGAACAAACAAUGAUUUUGGCAGCUGCAGAAGAAGAUCAGAUUAUGGCACAAUCAGACACAAAUACAAAACCCUACAGAACCACAACAUCCAUCUCUUCCUCUUCUACAACCAGCGUUCAUGUGACAGCACUAGAUGGCCUUGUGAACGUCAACUCACUCUUCACCAUAGCAGUUUUCAUGGGCAUAUCUCUAGCCACACCAGGUCAACACAGCCUCGAGAACAAAGGAGAAUGCGAUGCAGGCCUUGAUGUAGCCAAACGCUUAUUUUCCUUUGAAGUUGUUUCUUUCAGUUUCUUCCUCUUCUCAAGUUUAGUUGCUCAAGGAUUGAAGCUUGCAAUUGCUCUACUCAAUAGUAAAGAGGUAGAUGAGACCUUUAAAGCUCACAUCAAUCUGAAAGUCUUGAGGCUUGGGAUGAUAACAUCUUCUGCUGGGUCUGUGAUGGGUUGUGUAUUCUUGGUAUUAUCAAUGGUGAAUGCUAUAGAGAUCAGGUUGGGAUUGUUGUCUUGUGGUAGUGAGUAUGCUGUUGGUACAGUAGCUGCUUUGGUUAUGUUGGUAUCUUCUGGUAUUUUGGUUUAUGUUUCCACUGCUGUCUACUCUUUUAGACGCUAAGAAAAUAUGAAAUUAAGGAAA